AUGUCUUCCAGCAUUGAUAAACCUGCGGUGGAUUAUGAUGUGAAUAAGGUUACUGGUGGAGCCAGCGAGCCUUUAAAAAUUCUUGCCGUUUCACCUAAUAAUGUUAAUGGUCUUAAUGGUGAACCAUUUCAUGAUAAUAUUUCUAGAACUAAUUCAUUAACUCAAAAUGUAUCCCUAUUGACUAAAACACCAUUAAUUAAAAUCUCGGAUUGUGAGGAUGAAAAGCAAGUUGAUACCGAGACAUCUUCUAUUAAUAAUAGUGUGAGUCUUGUUAAUAAAACUCAUUCCGACUUGGCUAUUGCCAUAUCAAAUAUCACAACUGUAUCAAGAGUCGGUUUGGAUAUUGCUAGCUUCAUAUCACAAUUUGCCUUGGGAACUGCAAAAAUAUCUACUAGUUUGGGUUUAGAUAUUGCGAGAACUAUGACCGGUGUCGUGUCCGAUAGGAUUGUACAAGCAACUAAAGACGGAAAUGGAGGAAUAAUUGAUGCUUCAACGACAUUAUUGCACCGCACACUAUCCUUAACAGAACAAAUUGCGCUAGCCGGUCUAGAAUUCACUUCUGAAACGGUGCAACUUGCCUUAGGAACUGCUUCCGAAAGUAUGACUCUAAUAGAUACUCUAUUUGGAACUACUGAUGCUGCUAAAGCUUUGGCCGAAUUCGUUCAACUCGUAAAACGUGAAUGGGAUUAUCUAUAUGAAGAUGAUGAUAAAUUAACUGAACCUGAUGAUUUCAGUGCUUUUAAAGUUGUUAAAGCUCUUACUGCUUGGGCUUGUCUACAAUACAUUACCGGUGAAAGUUUUGAAAGAGAAAUCGGUGGUUGGAAAAAAGUUAAAUUGGUUGGUUUAUGGGAUAUUUGUAAUGAUUGGGUUCAUAUUAGUCAUGAUGAUGAUUUUUCCGUUUAUGAUGAUCUGGAAUCUUUAUGUAUUCAAGAAGAAGAAGAUGAUGAUGAAGUCGUGAUCGUGGGUCAAAAUAAACCUUCUAAACCAAAGAAUAUAGUUGUUGGUGAUUUAACUCCUCGUGAUGAAUUACCUGAAUUUAAAUUUACCAUGGAUGAUGAUCACACAAAAAGAUUAAGUGAUCUUUUCAUGGAAACUACAAAAAUAUAUAGUAAUCCUUACCUUCAAGAAUUCGAAACUCAAACUAAAAAAGAGAAAUUAUUCUCUCUUUUACAUAAUCUUAAAAGAUAUUCUAAAUUCUCUUCUUCUGCUUAUGAUUUUAAGAAUGCCAUAUUUGGUACGAUACCUUUACCUGUUCCUCGUUCAAAAGAAAAGGGUCGAUGCCAUCGUUUUAAUUUUGCCCGUUCAGCUGAAUUAUCUUCUGAUUCUAUCGUUGAUUCUUCAUAUCAUAAAAUUACAAAGGAUAGUGCUUCUUAUCAACCUACUUAUUAUUUAAUUCGUGAUCAUACUACAAGAUCAAUUAUUUUGGCUUUACGUGGAACUAUGUCUGUUCAUGAUUUGAUUGUUGACCUUACUUGUGAAUAUGAGGAUUUCCAAUUUCCUGAAGAUAUUCAACGUGGUGAUUCAACUAAAUAUCAAAUUCAUAAAGGAAUAUUUAAAGUUGCUAAAACAAUGGCCACUCCUGGGCAAUCUGGUGUUUUUGAAGCUCUUAAAAGGGAAAUGGAAGCUAAUGAGGGUUAUGGUUUGGUUUUAGUUGGACAUUCGCUUGGGGCUGGUGUUGCAAGUUUAUUAGCUCUUCUCUUUGCUUCUCCAAAGACAUGCAUGACUACACGGUGGAGUCGUCUACCACUUGGUCGUAAUGUUCACGCGUAUGCAUUUGCAACUCCAUGUGUAAUGUCCGCUGCUCUUUCAAGACGUCUCCAACCCUUAGUUACCUCUGUAGCACAUGGUUCUGAUGUGGUUUGCCGUCUAAGUCUUGGUCAUGUACUUGAUUUACGUAAUAUGGCAAGAUUUCUUGGUCGAAAUAAAUCAAAAUCUGGUGAAGCUGGUGAAGAAACUGCAAGUAAAAUUAUUAAAAAAUUCAUCGAUUAUCAAAGUAGAACGUUUGGUGACGAUGAAAGAGGAAGAGAAAGUAAAGAAGAAUUUGAGAAUUGGUUCAAAAAAGUUAGAAAUGAUUGUUAUGCUCACAUGCAAAACCCUAAACUUUAUCCUCCUGGAAAAGUUUAUUGGAUUGUAAAUGCUAAUAAAGCUCCUAAACAAUAUAUUAUGUUGGAUGUUGAUGUUGAAAAAAUAUUUCAGGAAGUUUGCUUUUCUCCGCGUAUGAUGAUGGACCAUCUUCCUCAUAUAUAUGGUUAG